UCAAACAAUUUGGAUAUGAGUACACCUUGGAAUGAUGCGUGGUUUAAUAAUAAGUUGGCAGGUGUAAGGUUUGGAGGGAUGAGUGGCUGCAAUUGUCCGGUGACCCAGCCGGGGCCAACGCUGGCCAGCACGUGCGGAGGAUCGCAGUUUAUGUUGUUUAUGGGCUUGUUAGAAGUUUUCAUUCGGUCGCAGUGUGACAUCGAAGACCCGUGUGGUCGACCCUUGUCUAGAUUGAUACCGGACAGAGAGUAUGACUUCAUCGUAAUAGGCUCAGGAGCCGGUGGUAGUGUGGUGGCCAGUAGACUCAGUGAAGUGCCGCAUUGGAAAGUGUUAAUUAUUGAAGCUGGAGGCGAUGAACCAACGGGCACACAAGUGCCGUCAAUGUUCCUUAAUUUCUUAGGUUCGUCGAUAGAUUGGGGCUAUUCGACAGAACCCGAAGAAAUGGCAUGUCUAGGAGAAAAAGAAAGACGGUGCUAUUGGCCUAGAGGAAAAGUGUUGGGCGGCACUAGUGUCAUGAACGGAAUGAUGUACAUGCGAGGUAGUCGGCACGAUUAUGACAACUGGGCCAAGUUAGGAAAUCCUGGAUGGAGUUACCAAGACGUGCUUCCGUAUUUCUUGAAGUCCGAAGACAAUCUACAGGCCACCGCAAUGGAUCCCGGUUUUCACGGUGUCGGAGGUCCAUUACCGGUCGGCCAGUUCCCAUACCACCCUCCGUUGUCUCAUGCUAUUCUGCAAGCUGGUCUGGAAAUGGGAUAUCAGAUAAGAGAUUUGAACGGCGCAAAACACACAGGGUUCAGUAUAGCCCAAACCAUGUCUCGUAACGGUUCUCGGUACAGCACGGCUCGGGCGUUCCUGCGACCGGCUAAAAACCGACCCAACUUGCACUUUUUGUUGAACACGACAGUUACAAAAAUAUUAAUCGAUCCGAAGAAAAAAACCGCCUACGGCGUUGAAGUCAUGAGAGACGGACAAAUCGACAGGAUCAUGGCAAGAAACGAGGUGAUCGUUUCUGCAGGAGCGGUCAACUCGCCCCAGUUGCUUCUUCUGUCUGGCGUUGGGCCCCAAGACGACCUGAAUGCAGUCAACGUACCAGUGGUCCACGACUUACCGGGCGUGGGUCGGAACCUGCAAAACCAUGUGGCUUUCUUCGUAAACUUCAACAUAAACGACUCUUCCACCACCGCCCUGAACUGGGCCACAGCUAUGGAAUACUUGUUGUUCAGGGACGGUCUGAUGUCGGGCACGGGAAUAUCCGAAGUGACGGCCAUACUGCCUUCGAAGUACGCCAAUCCCAUGGACGAUUAUCCCGACUUGCAGUACUUCUUCGGCGGUUAUCUGGCCAACUGCGCCAAGACCGGACAGGUCGGCGAGAAAGAAAACGAUAAUCCCCGCCGUGGCAUCCAAAUGAUCCCGGCCGUGCUGCAUCCCAAGAGCAGGGGCCAGAUCAAACUGAAAUCUUCCAAUCCCCUGGACCAUCCGGCUAUCUACGCCAAGUAUCUGACACAUCCGGAUGACGUGGCCACGCUCAUCGACGGCAUCAAAAUAGCCAUCAGGAUGUCGGAAACGUCUGCUCUGCAAAAGUAUGGAAUGGAACUCAGCCGACAGCCGGCAAUGGGCUGCGAGGACAUACCUUUCGGUUGUGACGCCUACUGGGAGUGCGCCGUCCGCAGGAACACAGGACCCGAGAACCACCAGGUGGGCAGUUGUAAAAUGGGACCGGCAAGCGAUCCGAGUGCCGUGGUCGACGCCGAACUUAGGGUUCACGGUGUCGACAGGCUCAGGGUGGUAGACGCUUCGAUAAUGCCCACAGUCACGUCCGGCAACACCAACGUGCCGAUCAUCAUGAUUGGCGAGAAAGCGGCGGACAUGAUUAAGAGGCGGUGGGUCGGCCGGAAGCCCUGGAACAAGUGAACGACCAGACGUGCCGCCCAAAUAAAUGGCAAGUGAACUGGACCCUUUACUCCACUCGUGUGUACUAUAUUUAUAUAGUAUACGAAUUCAGUACAUUGCGAAAAAAUUACCGUCUACUUAAAAAUACAUCCAAUUUUUAAAAUAUUAGUGUAGCGAGUAUUGACGCUUCGAAUGAAUAAUUCUAGAGUUAAAUUAAGAUUAAAUUAUGAUUUAACUAUAUUCACCCAACACAUUUUAUUACUCUUAUUGUAAACUUAUGUUAAUAACCUAAAGCUUUUACAAAAUAAGGAUGCCAUUAAAAUAUAGUAUAUAAAGCCAUUAAUAUUAAUUAUUAAUUUUAAUGUAACUAUACGCUAUGCGUAAUAUUAUGAUAUUUAAUUAAAUUAUGAAAUUCUAAUAAUUUAGUGUCCAUGUAAAUAUACUGUACUUACUAAAUGUGUUACACUCAUACAAAAGCUGCGCGUUGUGUUUUUAAUUUAGUUAUAGACCGGAUAAAACGUAGAAUAAACAUAUUGUAUUAUCAUUCAUGGAAAGAUAUAUUGUGGGCGUAUUUGAAAAUAAAUUACAUAAAUGUGAUAGAAUACAUUAGACAUAAGUAUUAUAACGAACACUUAUAGUCCGCUUGUGUUAUAAUUUCUUUACUAGCUUUUAAUUAAUUUUUAAGCAAAAUAUUUUUAAACUAAUAAUAAACUAAGAAAUUUUACUUUGUAAUCACCUUGAGCGAACACAAGUAAUAAUUGUAUAUCCAAGAACAAAAUCUAUACUUAGUUAUUUCAAUAAUCAAUAAUAUUAUUAUUAUGUUUAGAAUAUUGUAUUUAUAAUAUUUUAAAUAAUCAAAAAUAAUUGUAUGUAUAAUCUUAGGUAC